UAGAAUAGGCAAAUUUCUAGAAACAUAAAGUAAAAUAAAAGUUACCAGGGGCUAGGAAGAGAAGGAAUUAGUAACUGUGUUUUAAUGGGUACAGUUUAUGUUUGGGAUGACAAAAACGUUCUGGAAAUGGAUAGUGGUAAUCCUUGUAGAGCAUUGUGAAUAUACAUGAUGCUGCUGAGUUGUACCCUUAAAAAUAGUUAAAUGGUAAGUUUUCCUUUAUGUGUACUUUAAAACAAUUUUUUAAAAGAGUGUGGGGAGGGGUCUACCAAGGCUUUUAGCAGGUUCCUGAUUUAGAAAAGAAAUGUUGAUGGUAAGAAUAUGGGUAGAGAAAAAUUUUGGGGGGUAGACAUUAGAAGCUAAGGCCGUGGUGGGGUCAUAAGAACAAUAUUAAGUGCAAGGACAAAGGGAUUCUGAACUAAGGUCAUUGCAAGGGGAUGGAGUGGGGAAUGGAUAGGAGAGGUAUUUGGGAUAAAGAUGUGGCACCUGAUAGGUGUAGGGGUUGAUCGCAUGUAUUAGCCCAGGCUACAACGUUCUCAGGACAAAUAAAAUACAAGUUGUUUGUUUUGUUUUGUUUUGCAGGUAGUGAUAUAGCAUGGUAGAUCUUGAAUUAAAACUUCUAAAAUCUUGACCAAAAACUCAAAAGAGGAGACCAUAGUAAAACACAUGGAGUUUCUUCUUGAAGGACUCAAGGACUGAAGCAUCCCACAAAAUGAUCCUACUGAAUAAUUCCCAGAAGCUGCUGGCCCUAUACAAAUCCUUGGCCAGGAGCAUCCCUGAGUCCCUGAAGGUGUAUGGCUCUGUGUAUCACAUCAAUCAUGGGAACCCCUUCAACCUGGAGGUGCUGGUGGACUCCUGGCCCGAGUAUCAGAUGGUUAUUAUCCGGCCUCAAAAACAGGAGAUGACUGAUGACAUGGAUUUAUACACAAAUGUAUAUCGUAUAUUCUCCAAAGAGCCUCAAAAAUCACAAGAAGUUUUGAAAAACUGUGAGAUCAUAAACUGGAAACAGAUACUACAAAUCCAAGGUUUUCAAGAAAGUUUAGGUGAGGGGAUAAGAGUGGCUGCAUUUUCAAAGUCAGUGAAGGUAGAGCAUUCGAGAGCAAUCCUCUUUAUUACAGAAGAUAUCCUGAACCUCAAUGCCUCCAAUAAAAGCAAGUUUGGAAGCUGGGCUGAGACAGGCCACCCAGAUGUUGAAUUUGAGAGCGAAACUCCCAAUUUUAAGUAUGCUCAGCUGGAUGUCUCUUUUUCUGGGCUGGUAAAUGACAAGUGGAGGCGAGGGAAGAAUGAAAGGAGCCUGCAUUAUAUCAAGCGCUGCAUAGAAGCCCUGCCAACAGCCUGUCUGCUGGGCCCAGAGGGUGUCCCGGUCUCAUGGGUAACCAUGGACCCUUCUUGUGAAAUAGGAAUGGCCUACAGCAUGGAAAGAUACCGAAAGAGAGGCAAGAUGAGACAGGCGAUGGUGCAAUUCAUGAAAUAUCUGCGUCAGAAUAAUAUUCCAUUUUACCUCUCUGUGCUGGAAUUUAAUGAAGACUCCCUUAGAUCUGUGAGGCACAAUGGUUUCUUUGAGGCCGCCUGUGAGUGGCACCAAUGGACCUGCUACCCACAGAAUCUAGUUCCAUUUUAGACAAUGAAGCUGCUUAGCAAUCUUGGGAAAGUCAUCUCGUAAUAUUAAAGCAGACACCACAGAAUAGCUUUCUUCACUUACAAAUGUUUGUUGGGUAUUUACGAUGUGCCAGGAGCUCUUCUCACAUUGAGAACUGAUGUUAAAAGACACUGCCAUACUCUUGAAGAGCUUACAAUCCAAGCAAGAGGCAGGGAUGGGUAUAGUCUUCAAAUAUGCAUAAGUGUUGUAAGGAAGGAUGGCGUUACCAGCAAACAUGUAACUAGAAAGCCAGGCUCAGUUCUUACCUCUGGGAAUUAGAACUCUUCAUGAAACUUGAUUGAUAGAAUCUACUAUCUAGAAGAUAAAUAGAGGACUUUAAUAAAAUUGGUUAAUAGAAUAUUCCUAAUCUACAUGGAUACUUUAUUGUAAAUAAAUACCCCUGCUAUUUAUGGAUUUAUGAGGCAAUGGCUACACUAAAGAAUGGAAUCAGUCUCUUAGUUUAGUGACUAGAAAGGUAUAAAAGGUGAAGCCUAAGACAAAUGGCUUUCCUAGGCUACCUUUCAUCAUUGUUAUGCAGAAAAGGAAAUCCAGAGAAUCAAGUCUGCUGCACUUGAGGCCUCUGCUACGGAAAUGACAUUUGUUGUGCCUCCUUUCUCACUUCCUCAUCAUUAGGGAAGCACAGCAUAGGGCAAAGUGUUGCCUGCAGCCUUUGGUGUUUGUACCACGGCUAUCUUAAGGGUAUGGUCAGGGGUCAGGGGUAUUCCAGGGAGAAGUGACCACUAAGACGAGGACUGGAGAGUGAGUAGGAGUGAGCCAGACAAAAAAAAGCAGAAAAAUCCAGAUGAUGGAAAGGACACGUGCCAUGCACUAUCAUAAGAACUUUCUAAUUGAACACUUGCAUUACAAAAUCCUCGAUAUUAAAAAAAAAAAUACACUUCAUGAACAAAAUGUGGCCUCUUUUGGCUCCCCUCUGCCAUCCUGACAUUGGAACUUGGACUACUAUGAACAUUGAAGCUAUAGCAAAAAUAAAUAAGACAUUUUCAUUUUUUCUGAUAGUCUAGAUUUAAAAAAGAAAUCUUAAUAGAAUUGGCUUUAAGAGUAAAGUCUAUCAGUAUUAACCAACACCUAUCCUCAUCUCUCCAUAAAAAAUAAAACUCCACAAAAUUGAAUGUUUAUAUUUGAUGCAAUUUUAAACUGUGCAAUUCCAGUAAUUAAAGAAUUAUACAGGUCAUGGAGCUUUUUAAAAAAACUCCAGUUCAUCUUAGAAGGCUGUGGUAGAUCUGUUAUCGCUUAGUAUGAACGAAUCCAAUCAGAUUUCUAAACUCCUAAGACCUGGGUGAUUUGUUACAUUGACUGAAAUGAAAGCAUGGUCUGAGAAAGAAGGGAAACAUUUCCUUUGGGAUUUCAAAGGGUGGAAAAUUCUUACAUAAAAAAUAAACUCAGGAACUUGGGGUAAUAUGAAAACAGCUAUAUUUUGGCACUCAAGAUGCAAAAGCCAACACAGAUGAUGAAAGAAGACAAAGCAAAUAAAAGUUGCCUAUCUAAAAAUCGUGCCUCCGGCUGGUCCUAUAUCCAGAAGAGGAUGUUUAACCAGGAUCUGGGGCUCAGGUCAUCUUAGCGCAGCUUCCCUUCUCUGCCCCUUCCGUAAAUGCAAGCCAGAUUCCCUUAUCUAGCCCUUUGUGGCCCUGUUAAGAGAGUGAUUUCCAAACAUUAUCAUGCACUUGGAUUAAAGAAACAACAAAAGAGUGUAAGAAAGAGGAAGAAGGAUUUCUUAAGUAUGGCAUAAAUAAGUCUGAAAUUAUCAAUAAACACAAUAAAAAUGAA